AUGUCUCUCGAGACCCUAUCGCCCUCGCACCGCAAACGCCCCUUCCCGCUCCUCAGGCUCCCGUACGAGCUGCUCGACACGAUUUUCGCGACCAUCAACAGCGGUAAUCGCGUUGCGGCGUACGUACAGUCGCUCAGCCUCGACUUCUCGCGCUGCAAAGAUGUCAACGGCACGAGCGAGACAGGAUUCCGUCGCCUCGUCGGCCCUAAAUCCUUCAGCAAGACGCUGAGCCGCCUCGACAAGCUGCGAUGCCUCGAAAUGAUUGAGCUAGAACGAGACCUGGCCCGCGUCCUGUCGACUCCCGACCUCGAGCUUUCGGCGCUGCCUCAGCUGCGCACCCUCGUUAUCAGUGAAUGCGACACCGUCGGCGAUGAGACGGUUUGGGCCCGUCGACUUGCCACCCUGGACGAGAUUCGCCUUUCGAGAUGGGUGCACCUUCCGCAGGUCGCCACGUCAAUGCGUGCAGGCAGACUCGUCCUCACCGGCUUUGAGCUGGACGAGUGGCCGUGCUAUGACUUCGCUCAAGCAUUUCCCACUCUCCAAAACUUCGAAGCAUACGACUUGGAUGCCGAAUCACGGUUUUACGAUAUCGUUUCUCGUCUUCCGAGGAAUCUCAAGGAAUUGCGUUUGGUCAACAGCGACGUCGUCAGCACGCAGGCCGGCGGCUCCCUCGAUGUCAUCCUUCCCGACUUCACCAUGGUAGAGACUCUCUACCUCUGCUACGGGACCUUCACCAUUCCGCCUCUUCGCGCCUUCCUCGACAUGGCAGACACGCUCGUCUGCCUCGGCUUUGGGCUGAACAGCCCCGUCACCGACGACUUUCUCCAUUCACUCAUCGAGGGCCCUACACGCCUUUCGCACCUUCGCACGCUCGAGCUUGACUAUGUCAUCUGCAGUCGUGGUCUGACAAUGCAGAGUCAAGGCUACAGGUUGAGCAAGGAUGCCAAAUUCACGCCUUUCCAUGAGUACCCGGACUGGCACGGGCCUGACUGGCCUGUCAACUGUUCCCCACAGGGCCUGUUGCGGGUCAUGGGGGCGGCUACUAGCCGAGGCGUUACUUUGAUAGCCUCGGCGCUGGACGCGCAGUCCUGGGAGGACGACUACAUGGGCGAGGUCUAUGACGGGCUCAUGGCCUGGGGUCUGGAGGUGGACGAUUUCAAGGAGGCGAGGGAAUUCCUCGGUGACCGAGCCGUCCGUGAUUUCCAGUCCAUGUUCUUUUCCUUCGUCUGA